GUUUAGGAUGGGAUAACACACGUGAAACAGUGGUCGCUGACAAUGAAUGGUGGGAACGUAAAAUUAAGCAAGACAGAAGGUGCGCAAAGUUUCGAAAUCAUGGGAUUGAGAAUCGAGAAGCACUUCAAUUUCUGUUUGGGGGACAAGGAGCAACCGGGUUAUAUGCUCUUAAUCCAUUGAUGGUACACAUAUACCUGCAGUUAUUCCACAGGACGCACGAGUGCCAUAUAUUGGAAGGAAAGGGGUGACUACUCAGAAUGUGAUGGCUGUUUGUGACUUCGAUAUGCUGUUCACAUUUGUAUGCGCCGGAUGGGAAGGUUCUGCACAUGAUUCUCGUAUAUUUCACGAGAUACUUGGAAAUGAUAAUAAUAAUUUCCCUCAGCCUCCUCAAGGUAAAUAUUAUUUGGUCGAUGCCGGUUAUCCUAAUCAACGGGGAUAUCUUGCACCAUAUAAAGGACAAAGGUAUCACCUUGAAGUUUUUCAAAAUGGUCCGGAGCCUCAAGGUCCCCGUGAGGCAUUCAACCGUGCUCAUUCGUCUCUUAGGAGUGUUAUUGAGCGGACUUUUGGGGUUUUAAAAAAAAAGUGGUUGAUCUUAUCACGAAUGCCAUCAUAUUCGUUUGAAACUCAAGUGAAGAUUGUAGUGGCUUGUAUGGCGCUACAUAAUUUCGUACGCUUGCACAAACUUGAGGAUGAAGAUUUUACUACGUACAAUGACGAAUCGGUCAACGUCAAUGCUACUUAUGGCUAUGCAAAUGAGGUCGACGUCGGGGUAUUAGAAGAUAUUGAAAUGACGACUUUACGAGAUAUGAUUGCAGCAGAAUUAUUUGAAAUAUAA